UUGAGGGCGCCGCCAUGUUGGUGAGGGCGAUAACGGCGCCCGGGCUGCGGCGGUGGUGCCGGGGCCGGCGGGGUGCGGCCGCCGCCUGUUUCCCGCUGGGCCGGGCGCUGCUGGGCGUGCGGGGCGCCGAGGCCGGCGCGUUCCUGCAGGGGCUGCUCACCAAUGACGUCACGCGGCUGCUGGCGGAGGGCGACGCCCCCCGCGCGCUCUACGCGCACGCGCUGAACGCGCAGGGCCGCUGCCUGUAUGACGUCAUCCUGUACAGGCUCCACAGGAGCACAGCAGAGGAGCCUCACAUCCUGCUGGAGUGUGACAGCAGCGUUCUGGACUCCAUCCAGAAACACCUGAAACUCUACAAGAUCCGCAGGAAAGUCACCAUCACCCCCUGCCCCGACUUCUCCCUGUGGGCUGUCCUACCUGGGGAUGCCAGCUCCCUCCCAAAAUGUGCAGACCAGGCUCUGCUCCUCACCCCUGACCCCAGGACAGAAGUCAUGGGCUGGAGACUGAUUGCAAAGAAAGGAGCAAAUCUGUCAGAGAUUAUCCCUGGGAGCCAAGUUGGAGACAUCCAGGAUUACCACAGGCACAGGUAUAAACAAGGAAUUCCUGAAGGGGUGAAGGAUCUCCCCCCUGGCGUCGCCCUCCCUCUGGAAUCCAACCUGGCCUUCAUGAACGGCAUCAGCUUCACCAAGGGCUGCUACAUCGGGCAGGAGCUGACGGCCAGGACGCACCACAUGGGCGUGAUCCGCAAGCGCCUGCUGCCCGUCAGCUUCCCGGAGCCGCUCCCCGCCGCCGGCCUUCCCGAGGGCGCCGAGAUCCUCACCGCGGCGGGGAAACGCGCCGGCACCUUCCGCGCCGGAGGAGGAGAGCUGGGCAUCGCCCUGCUGAGGCUGGCCCACCUGGGAGAGCCGCUCUGCAUCCCCCUGGGAGCGCACAGGGUGAGGCUCCGCGCCGCCACGCCGCAGUGGUGGCCCCAGGCUGCUGCCCAGUAGAGGAGGGAGCGCCUCAGGGAGAGGUUGGGAAUGCUGUUCGUGGCAGGAUGAACAGCGGGAGCCCAAAGCUGUGGUAGAUCGCUGGGUUGGAUCUGCCGUGGAGAGAGAAAUCCAGGGAAUCGCAGCUUUUCCACUUUCUUAGGGGUGCUGUGAGCUGUUGGGUUGGACCCUGUUUAGGGGGUGCCCUGUGUUGUUGGAUGGAUGCUGGAUGGAUCUCCAGGCUGACAC